AUGCCUGAAGACCGACGGUCUGCUGCGUCUCCAGCUAGUUCUGGAUAUGCUCACGAUAUCCCCACUACUUACGCUUCGGUUGCGCCUUUUACUUACUCCGUGCCAUAUGAUACUUCCCUUCCUACCCCGGUGUCUGUUGCUGGAUCUCCUUCGAUGAAUGAACGAACUGCGAAGAUCAUGCAUCCAUACCAACACCGGGCAAACUCACAACAGCCCACCCCCCCAACCACCUCAAGGCCAUGGCCAAACUACCAGAUAAAUGCUCCUGCCGGCCUUAUGGAAAUGCAGGGCUUAGAUUCAUCGCAGUCUUCCAGCGACCAUUUGCCCAUGGUAUCGGAACCUCAAUUCCAAUGGGGCCAGUAUACAGUUUCCAGCAACGAAGCUCCACAGGAAAUGUCAACACAUAUGACACACCCGUCUCUAUUCUCGGUAGCACCCACGGACUUGGUUAGGCCCCCGAUUACUAUGCAUCCUUCGAAUAUGUCUCUUCCGGCGCCAUCUCAAGUUCCUGUCCUGCAAAACUCUCCGGACCCGCGAGACCUAGGCCCCUCAGUUGGACCAAUGGACGGUAUGCAUCAUCACUACCCUAGUAUGGUGCACCAGCCACAAGUCAUCAUGGACUUUACAUCUUACAAGAGAAAGUCUAAGUCGAGAACCGGGCGGUUAGGCAGACCCCCGAAGAGGCCGCGAGCUCAGAACAGAGGAAUUUCAAAACGCGACGGUGAGGAUCUCGUGGACCCUCAACUAUCGUCGCCAAAUGGAGAUGCCUCCUCAACAACCAAGGCGCUCGGCAGAAGUAUUACUUUAAGGCCCGAUGCUCCCGAGAAGGACCGAUUCAUUCUGGAGCUUAGGUGUCAAAUGGACAAUGAUAAAGGGAAGGGCAUAUGGGAGGAAAUAACAAAGAAAUACGAGGAACGCUUCGGGAAAAGGCGGCAAGAAUCAUUACAAAUGAACCUUACCCGAGCAGUAUUAAAAUACGCGGAAUGGCCUGCAGAAGAGGACGAGGCUUUAAAACGCGCCGUCGAAGAACUUGACCGACGUCGGUAUUCGGAUUUAGCCAAGCUGAUGAAAGAAAAGUAUGGGGGAUGCCAAGCCUGGGAGUGGAAAGAGGGUCACAUCCUAAAACGCUUAGUCGACCUGGGUAUUGAGGAAUUCGAUCCCGAGGACAUCACAAAGAAACCUCGUCGCAAAUCCAAAAAAGCCAUGAGCAAACGGCCAAACACCAAAUCCUGGGCUUCCCCGGACUCGUCACUUCCAUACGAGGAAGACAAGCGCACGAUAUCUACAAUAUCCUCUGAGCAGGAGAAUUAUAUCUUAGAACAUUACUGUAAGCCGGACCCCGAAUCUUCAGAUCCAGGUGCUAUGAAUGGCAUCUUGGAACACCCGAACACAUUGCCCCCUAAGGGAAGCGCCGAUGGAGACCCCGGCGAGAGUCGAAGUGAACGAGUAGCCAAACAGGCGUGCGAGCAGAUACUCUCGAGGAGGGAUGAUCAUGUAUACGGUGCCGUCCCAAUGGUCGACAGUCAUUGAUAAAUAUCUAUCGGACAGCACCUCCCCCCCUACUCUGUCCAACUUUUACCAACCAAAAAAAAACCUACAUUUUUCAUGUCUACUCAGAAAAGCUCAACAAUUGCUUACACAUUCCUAGACGAUGCUUCAAAGCCAUAAUAUAACGAGUAUUUGGAGUCGGUGCGUGGGGUUCAUCAGCGUCACUAUGGAAGGGUAAUAUGGCGUUUGAUUACGCUAGGGAUUUUGGGCAGGGCCUUUUGGUUUUUUUUUUUUUUUUUUGACUCUUGUGCGUCGUCGGGGGGGCUCUAACGAG